GCAGUGAACAGUUUCGGAGAUAUAACAUCUCCCUGUCUCACGCCUCUCUGUAGUGGAAUAGCCUUCGUGCUCUGAUCUUGUCCUCGGACCGACAUGGUGUGUGUGUGCCGCAGCAACCGGCGUCAUCGUCAGUGGAGGACUACACGCGGUACAUCCGCACGCUGCCGCUCAACGACGACCCCUCACUGUUCGGGCUGCACACCAACGCCAACAUCAGCUACGCCAUGUCGGAGACCAACACGUGUCUCAGCACGCUGCGCGAGCUGCAGCCGCGCGAGGCGGCGGGCGGCGGCGGCGCGGGCGCCGAGCACUCCACCGAGCGCGCCGCGCACGCCGUGCUCGCGCAGCUGCCGCCCGCGCUCGACCUGCGACACAUCGCGCUCACGUAACUACACCGCACCACCACCAGCCACUGUACAUGUCACUGUACACGUCACUGUACACAUACACUCCACCGAGCGCGCCGCGCACGCCGUGCUCGCGCAGCUGCCGCCCGCGCUCGACCUGCGACACAUCGCGCUCACGUAACUACACCGCACCACCACCAGCCACUGUACAUGUCACUGUACACGUCACUGUACACAUACACUCCACCGAGCGCGCCGCGCACGCCGUGCUCGCGCAGCUGCCGCCCGCGCUCGACCUGCGACACAUCGCGCUCACGUAACUACACCGCACCACCACCAGCCACUGUACAUGUCACUGUACACGUCACUGUACACAUACACUCCACCGAGCGCGCCGCGCACGCCGUGCUCGCGCAGCUGCCGCCCGCGCUCGACCUGCGACACAUCGCGCUCACGUAACUACACCGCACCACCACCAGCCACUGUACAUGUCACUGUACACGUCACUGUACACAUACACUCCACCGAGCGCGCCGCGCACGCCGUGCUCGCGCAGCUGCCGCCCGCGCUCGACCUGCGACACAUCGCGCUCACGUAACUACACCGCACCACCACCAGCCACUGUACAUGUCACUGUACACGUCACUGUACACAUACACUCCACCGAGCGCGCCGCGCACGCCGUGCUCGCGCAGCUGCCGCCCGCGCUCGACCUGCGACACAUCGCGCUCACGUAACUACACCGCACCACCACCAGCCACUGUACAUGUCACUGUACACGUCACUGUACACAUACACUCCACCGAGCGCGCCGCGCACGCCGUGCUCGCGCAGCUGCCGCCCGCGCUCGACCUGCGACACAUCGCGCUCACGUAACUACACCGCACCACCACCAGCCACUGUACAUGUCACUGUACACGUCACUGUACACAUACACUCCACCGAGCGCGCCGCGCACGCCGUGCUCGCGCAGCUGCCGCCCGCGCUCGACCUGCGACACAUCGCGCUCACGUAACUACACCGCACCACCACCAGCCACUGUACAUGUCACUGUACACGUCACUGUACACAUACACUCCACCGAGCGCGCCGCGCACGCCGUGCUCGCGCAGCUGCCGCCCGCGCUCGACCUGCGACACAUCGCGCUCACGUAACUACACCGCACCACCACCAGCCACUGUACAUGUCACUGUACACGUCACUGUACACAUACACUCCACCGAGCGCGCCGCGCACGCCGUGCUCGCGCAGCUGCCGCCCGCGCUCGACCUGCGACACAUCGCGCUCACGUAACUACACCGCACCACCACCAGCCACUGUACAUGUCACUGUACACGUCACUGUACACAUACACUCCACCGAGCGCGCCGCGCACGCCGUGCUCGCGCAGCUGCCGCCCGCGCUCGACCUGCGACACAUCGCGCUCACGUAACUACACCGCACCACCACCAGCCACUGUACAUGUCACUGUACACGUCACUGUACACAUACACUCCACCGAGCGCGCCGCGCACGCCGUGCUCGCGCAGCUGCCGCCCGCGCUCGACCUGCGACACAUCGCGCUCACGUAACUACACCGCACCACCACCAGCCACUGUACAUGUCACUGUACACGUCACUGUACACAUACACUCCACCGAGCGCGCCGCGCACGCCGUGCUCGCGCAGCUGCCGCCCGCGCUCGACCUGCGACACAUCGCGCUCACGUAACUACACCGCACCACCACCAGCCACUGUACAUGUCACUGUACACGUCACUGUACACAUACACUCCACCGAGCGCGCCGCGCACGCCGUGCUCGCGCAGCUGCCGCCCGCGCUCGACCUGCGACACAUCGCGCUCACGUAACUACACCGCACCACCACCAGCCACUGUACAUGUCACUGUACACGUCACUGUACACAUACACUCCACCGAGCGCGCCGCGCACGCCGUGCUCGCGCAGCUGCCGCCCGCGCUCGACCUGCGACACAUCGCGCUCACGUAACUACACCGCACCACCACCAGCCACUGUACAUGUCACUGUACACGUCACUGUACACAUACACUCCACCGAGCGCGCCGCGCACGCCGUGCUCGCGCAGCUGCCGCCCGCGCUCGACCUGCGACACAUCGCGCUCACGUAACUACACCGCACCACCACCAGCCACUGUACAUGUCACUGUACACGUCACUGUACACAUACACUCCACCGAGCGCGCCGCGCACGCCGUGCUCGCGCAGCUGCCGCCCGCGCUCGACCUGCGACACAUCGCGCUCACGUAACUACACCGCACCACCACCAGCCACUGUACAUGUCACUGUACACGUCACUGUACACAUACACUCCACCGAGCGCGCCGCGCACGCCGUGCUCGCGCAGCUGCCGCCCGCGCUCGACCUGCGACACAUCGCGCUCACGUAACUACACCGCACCACCACCAGCCACUGUACAUGUCACUGUACACGUCACUGUACACAUACACUCCACCGAGCGCGCCGCGCACGCUGUGCUCGCGCAGCUGCCGCCCGCGCUCGACCUGCGACACAUCGCGCUCACGUAACUACACCGCACCACCACCAGCCACUGUACAUGUCACUGUACACGUCACUGUACACAUACACUCCACCGAGCGCGCCGCGCACG